CCACCACGCGCAGGCAAAAUUAUUUAAGGGCCGGCAGCGGGGCAGUCGCCGCUCAGUCAGUCUAGUCGGCCGCACGCUCAGCCCAGAUGCCAGCCUCCGACGUUCCCACGCUGACCGUCUCCGACGACGAGUUGGAGACGGUGGAGGUGCAGCACUGCGCCCCCCUCUCGUCUGCCAGCUCGCGGUCCAGCACCCCGGCGGCACAGAAAACCAACCCUGACGAAUCUGGAAAAUGGUUCGUCAGCCUGGCCGAGAGGGGACAACACGAGGAGUUCCUCACCAGGGCCGCAUCCCUGAUGUUGCAGGAGGCGGUCUUCAAAGUUGCGGACAGGAACAACUCCAGAGUGCUCGAAUGGCAAGAACCCGAGCAGCUGAGGCGACUGAUUGAGUUUGACGUGAGCGAGGCACCAGUUUCUCAGGACCGUCUUCUGGAGCUAAUGGAAGACGUCAUCAGGUACAGCGUCAAGACCGGUCACCCCCGUUUUGUAAACCAGCUCUUCUCCAGUGUUGAUCCGUACGGUCUGGCAGGGCAGUGGCUUUGCGCCGCCCUGAACCCUUCGGUCUACACUUACGAAGUGGCCCCGGUUUUCACCCUGAUGGAGGAAACGGUGCUCACCGAGAUGAGGCGCAUCGUCGGUUUCGAGCAAGGCGACGGUCUUUUCGCCCCUGGUGGCUCCAUGGCCAAUGGAUACGGAAUUAGUUGUGCCCGUUACGCGAAAUUUCCAAAAGUCAAGACGGAAGGUCUGCGCAACCUGCCUCGUCUUGUGGUGAUGGCCUCUGAAGAUGCCCAUUACUCAGUGCAAAAGAUGGCCGCCCUGUUUGGCCUGGGCGCCGACAACGUGUACGCCGUGGCCGUGGACGAGCGUGGCCGCAUGAGUCCCUCCGACCUGGAGGCGCAGGUGGAGCGCGCUAAGUCCGAGGGCGGUGCCCCCUUCAUGGUGCUGGCCACCGCGGGAACCACCGUUCUUGGCGCCUUUGACCCCAUCGAGCAAAUCGCCGACCUGUGCGAGAAGCACCAAAUGUGGCUGCACGUCGACGCCGCCUGGGGUGGCGGGGCGCUCAUGUCCAGCGUUCACAAACACAAACUGAACGGAAUCAACAGGGCAGACAGUGUGACCUGGAACCCGCACAAGCUGUUGGCAGCGCCUCAGCAGUGCUCAGUUUUCCUCACCAGACACCGCGGCGUGCUGUCCGAGUGUCACUCGGCGGCAGCCACGUACCUCUUCCAGCAAGACAAAUUCUACGACACCUCCCUCGACACCGGCGACAAGCAUGUCCAGUGCGGAAGAAGAGCCGACGUCCUCAAGUUCUGGCUCAUGUGGAAAGCAAAGGGUACCAGCGGUCUUGAAGCGCACAUUGACACAGUUUUUGACGCAGCAGACUACGCCACAGCAAAACUCAAAUCCAGAAAUGACUUCCGAAUGGUUCUCGACGAGCCCGAGUGCACAAACGUUUGCUUUUGGUACGUCCCACCUUCCCUCAGAGAUGUCGACCCUGCCACUCCCGAAUUCAACGAAAAACUUCACAAGGUGGCGCCGAAAAUCAAGGAGCGAAUGAUGCGCGAGGGAACGAUGAUGGUCACGUACCAGCCUCUGCGGCACCUCCCCAACUUCUUCAGGCUGGUGGUGCAGAGUUCUGGAGUGAGCCACCAAGACGUCGACUUCUUUAUCGACGAGAUCGCCAGACUGGGGGCCGACCUCUGAUCGACUCGCCCUUUUGAUUUUAAUUUAUUUUAACGCUUAUUAAGGCCGAACCACUCAAACCACCACUUUGGCCACACUCUCUGUAUUAUUAACACACUCGAUAACCUUCGAUGUAGACUGCUGGGCAAAAAUAAAUAGUUGUAAGAUUGAA